ACGCGAAGCUUUCACAAGCGAGGACCACUAGGGGCGCAGCCAUGCAUAGGGCUCUACCACGCCUUGAUCUCGAUGAGCGACAUCAUUGCAGUAGCUCGUAGUCAAUGGCUGUAAUAUGACCGAAGCUUGGAAGACGAGCCAUGCCAUGGUCAUGUGCACAGCGUUGUGAGGUAGUAUCGCUUGUUGCUGUUAGGACGGAACCUUGGGAUAGCUGCAUCGAGAAGCUUGGAGCAAUCGAUCUGGUGCGGCGCUCGACCAUAGAAGAGCGGGGUAUUGUUUGGCACAAUUGUUCUGGCGGGCCGUUGCAGGUCACCUCGCAAGUCCCGCUCAGGUGCGGUACCUUGCAGUUUGCAGUCUCUGCCAAGGCCAUGCACGAUGGCAGAGACUGUAGGGCAUUUAACAACAUGCGUGCAAUGCUGCUGGCAGCGCAAGCCACUGUUCUUCAUCGCGGUAUGGCCCGUGAGGCGCUGUGGCUUCCACCUGCAAAGUCACGUACAGUGGAAAGCUUAGCUGGGUACUGUGAUAUUGGUACUCUGCAAGAUCGGGAGCGGUGAGGUUAUAACCUGAGAAAGAAUGUGGGUCCACACGUGGGCAGUACACCAAAGACGGCACAGGAAAAGCUUGACUGCAGCUGCGCAAGGGGCAUGGGGUUUUGGUGUGCAUGCGAGGCCGUCACGGCAGGGCAAAUGAAUUCGGAGAGUCCGGCCAAAGCGCCACAGAAUCGGGCCAGCGCGUGUGCCGGGAUGGCUUCAGUAGGUGAUCGGUAUGCUUGCACAGC